CUACUAAUGACACCAUGAGUGCUUUAUGUAGCAUCUACCACAAGUAAAAUCCGCUGAGAAACAUAACGAUAAAUUCAUGUUGGUCACAUACGAAGAAGGCCCUGGAUGUGUGAAGUCAUCAUUGAAGGACCCUUUAUCACACCUGAUCAAAGAACUCAAAGUGCUGAAAGCCAACGACAUCUCCAAUCCAGGAUCGUCUCUUUCGACGAUAUUUGAUUUGCUCAAUGUCUAUCGCAUCUACCAUGGAAUAGAUACGCCAGGAAGUGGUCGAUUCCCUGGCACCAUUGAGCCCACAAUUAUCUUAUGGUUCACAGACGGCGGAAAGCAAUCCUCAGCCUCGGGGACAUUAGAUAGACUCAAUAUUCCAGGAAUCACGACAGCUGGGGUUGAUUACUAUCAUGAGCCUUUUCGAUGGGACCAAAGAUUGUAUACAGUUUUUUUGGAACCCAACACUGAAACGGUGGACCCGCAGCUCAGCAUUUUAAGCACAGUAAUGGGUGGGACAAGUUAUCGUGUGCGGACACUCCGGCACAUGCUUCAAGCCAUGGAUUGCAUGCUAGGGAUGAGCAAAAUCCCCCCAACUCAAUACUCUCCACAGGCUGUCCUUCAUAUAUAUGGUGUUGUGGUGAACUUUGAGGAUUUAAUAGUGGAUCCACGAAGACCCAAUACGGCCAAUCACCACCAGCUAAUUUAUGUGAAUCCCUCCUGGCUUAAUCCUCAAUCGCGUCACCCGGGCUUUUUUCCGAUUCCAGAGCCUUUCUGGCCAGAGAUCGAUGCCCAGCGGAUCCCAACACGUAAUGCGCAACCUACUAUUCACUACCACACCAAGGAGGAAAAGUGUAUUGAUAUACCGGAUGGUUUUCCAUACGACAAAUACGUUGUUGCUCCAUGUCCAAUGACUCAGGAACUCCUCACACGAUCCCCAGGGACAUGUUGGCCAGUUUAUAUCAAGAAUAGCUAUAAAACUGAGGGAUUUGGAUUCCCUUUUGGGUUCCUAAAAGCAAAUACUAGCAAGAAUGCUGUGACUUUAACAGUGGUCGCCUAUAAUUACCCUGCGCUUUUUACAUUACUUGUAAAUUUGAACUCCAUACCGAGCCGGACACCGACGGCUGAAUGGCUUCGAGAUUUUGCGGAAUACCUUAGCCAUACGCCUUCAUACUACUAUUCACCCUUAAGAAACGCUCUCAAGCGGAUAGGUCUUUUCAAUGUCAUACAACCUGACCAAGGCAUGAUGAGCCAGGCAGUUCUCAAGAUCCUUGGCAAAAACAAGAUACAGGCCAAAGCUGAACUGGACAGAUUUCUGACCAUAGAAGCAAUAGCUCCUGUUGAUGCUGUGGGUCCUAAGAAGAAGACGCUUUGUGGCAAUGCAUUCGAUGUCCCUCGUUCUGAGCUGAUCCCUGUACUUGAUGAUAUGAAACGUGCAUUUUUUAGAGAUCUCCAAAUUACUUCUAUCUCUACCACAUUGGCAUAUGCAUCAGAAACUUCCCAUUCUUUGAUACCAUCUGCAUCAAGAUCAACGUCGGGUGUCAUGCGAACCGCGGCUUUGAAACUGGAUUCUAUUGUGGAUUCUGAUGAUCUUCAUUCAUUACCAAUCGCUGAUAUGGGGAUUUAUCAAGAUCGUAUGCAAAAGAUCCAGCAAGAAACUCUUCGGGAUCCGUUCCGAGAUGAGGAGUCAGUCAAGUCAUUGCAGCGGACAAUGUUUGGUAAUCCCUACAAACAAGAUAAAAAGGUUUCAAUUGAUGAAGAAGAUGAAGCAUCUGCUGCUGGUCAAUCAUUGUCAACCAAUAGCAGUUCAGGUGGCUCGUCAUGGUCAUCAAUCCUAGGUAGGAAGAGGAGACCACGACGACGUUCUGUAUCACCCUCACAUUUUCCAAUUGAGAAAGUCCCGAGUUUGGCCCGGAGUGAUCGAUCGACGUCGACUAAGACUCUUGUGGUAUCAUUUGGGGCUCCUAGCGGGAAAACAGCCAUGCCAUUGCUGAACAUCAUGAUUCAACAUGGCUCUGGAAAAGUUCAGUCUAUUGUGGAUUCUACAGAAGGGCUUGGGUUACAUAUGGUUAUGCAUGAUGGAGAGGACGAAGAUGAGGAUGAUGAUGAUUUCAGGAGGGCUAUGUUCAAUUCUGAUGAAAUGGAGCUUGAUGGCGAAGACGAAACAGCGCGCCUUCGUGCCGAUACGCCGAUGCCAGGAGGCAUGGGUCUGGAUGAUGAUGAUGAGGAAAUGGAGGAGCUUCAGCACGCACAAGACUUGAUUCCACCACCGAUUAUACCCAUGACCUUAAAUGACAUUGUUGACUCUCAAUCGGAUAGUCUGUAUCAGAGUAAAGAUGGAGUAACAGCCAAUCAUUUAAAGCACGAAAGGGUUGACAAUCGGCAGGAGCGCGAAGGAAAUCCAGAACAUACUGAUGAAGUCGCCAAACCAGUGUUCGAAGGUCUUGUAUAUGAUCCAACAGCAUCGUUAGAGCUGCAGUCCAUACCACAUACGAUCCCAGAACGUACUGAGCCCCAAACUACCACUGAAAUGCUUCCAGUACGACCAACAUCAUAUGAUCUUUCAAUGCAUGGCGACAGUGAGUCGGAACACAUUUCUCUUGCCACAGAUGCUGAGAGCAACUUGUCGAAGUCCUCCCAAAAUCUUACGCCAGUGCCUAUUCUCUAUUCACCUUCAGCUGAGAAUAAUAUUCACAGCUCUGAAACGGUCACUAUUCCUGUAUCAUUGGAGGGGAAUGUAUCGGCAGAGGCUUCCUUGGCACUUAUGCGAAGUCCGUUGGAAAGUAUGGUGUUGGACGAUGCAUCAAUCAGUCCAAGGCAAGGAAAACCUGUUCCUUCAACUUCCGCUCCAGUAAUCACUUCUUCAACCUUUGAAUUGAAUGACCCUUGCUCUAUGGAAGCUCGCAACCUGGACAAAGAAUAUGUUGUAGCACAGGAGCAGGUCUUAUCGUUACAACAAGAGCACAUUAGUUUUCAAAAGACACCAGCCGAAAUCAAAAAUAAAAUUGUCGCACAACUCAAGAAGGGACCUAAAGGCUAUAACGAAGGAACCAUUAUCAAUCUUCUUUGGCAAAUUAAUGAGGCACCGAAUUGGAAUAAGGAACAAAAGCGAGCUGCAGUAAUGGGUUGUCUAAAUUUCGCGAAAGGUUUGCGUCGAGGAGCGGUUGUGUCGGUAUUAGAGACAAUAGCACACAAUAUUAGCAGAUAGAGCGAGAUGUAAAAGUGCUAUCCAC